UCAGGACAGGGUUUGCAUACAGUGUCAGUUGUGGGUGUGUCUGCAAAACAGUUUCAGAUAUUCAGCGGUCCCUCUGCCAAAUUUUCCAGACCAAACACUGCGGAAGUGGUUCAGACCACGACUGAUCUUCUUACAGGAGAAAAGGGGGUUGGACAUUAUGACACACAGAGCAUGAAAGUGAAAGUUCAGAAAGAGGAGGGAUCCAGUCAUGUUUCAACACUUCGCAUCAUGAUUGCUUUCUGUGUGAUUUGCCUUCUCUUUCCCCUGUGUGGGUCAGUGCCGUUGUCUGGAUGGAUUCAGUCCCCUGGACAUCCACUAGGUUAUGAACCUUAUUCCAAUAUGACUUGGAAAGAGUGUGCUCCGGCUGGACACAGAAUCACACUCACUCUCACACAUGUAGACCUGGAGGAAAGCUUUAACUGUGAGGAUGAUGCCUUGAAGGUAUUUUCAGAUGAGGAGAUUCUUUUUAAUCUGUGUGCACGCAUGAACACGAAGGAACUGCAGACAUCUGUCAACCCUUUCCUUCACUCCUCCUCUGGCGGUUGUCUCUCUGUUUCAUUUCUCUCUGACUACUCAAACCCUGAGAGACACACUGGAUUUCGAGGCUUUUACACUAUUCAGGAUGUCGAUGAGUGUCAGGACCCUGAGAACGAGUGCACUCAACUCUGCAACAACUACAUUGGAGGUUAUCGUUGUUUCUGCAGACCAGGUUACUUUCUGGACUCUAAUAAUCAUACCUGCCAAGUUAGCUGUAAUAAAAAUUACACAGGCUCUCUAGAAGGUGAGCUGAAGUCGCCACACUGGCCCAGUCCAUAUCCAGAAAACUCUGUGUGCUCUUACAUACUGGCUGUAGAAGAAGGCCUACAGUUUGAGCUGACUUUCACAGGGACGUUUGAUGUGGAGAGGGCAGACAAUGGACGGUGCAUUGACUCAUUAACUAUAAAAUCUCUCAUUGGUGAAGCUAAAACAUUUUGUGGAAGAGAUCUUCCUUCUUCUUUUUUCACAAGGUCUAAGAGUGUUGAGAUUACUUUUAGGACCGACCAUAAAGGAACAAACCGAGGGUUCAGCCUUAGUUAUAAAACAAAAGAGAUGAAAUGUAUUGGACCUGUGACACCAGCAUCUAGUUUGAUGCCGCAGCUUCAUGAAUAUCCCACAGAUGGCAAAGUUACAGUGACAUGUGACAAAGGACAUGAAUUAAAAAGUGAAUUAGCUGAGGUUAAGUACCUGUAUGAAUCCACAUGCCAGAAAAAUGGACAGUGGAGUCCGGUUAUCCCCUGUGAACCUGUGGAUUGUGGCGUUCCAGAGCUUUCAGAAUUAAUGGAGCUCUCAGAAAAUGAUCCUCCGACAACUUAUCUGAAACAAAUCAGCCUCAAGUGCAAAUCUAAAUUUUAUCAAUUAAAUAAAAAUGGUAAUUUUACCUGCAAUGCAGAAAUUAACUGGGUGUCUGAGAAUGGUGAAAAGUUAACAAAAGAUUUUCCAAAAUGUGAACCAGUAUGUGGAAUGAAUACAGAUGACUCUUUUGGUGGAAGAGUCUUUGGUGGGAAGCCAGCACAACCAGGACAGAUUCCCUGGCAGCUCUUACAUAGGGCAAGCCCUAGAGGUGGUGCAUCUCUGAUCAGUGAUUACUGGGCUCUGACAGCAGCUCAUGUAGUGGAUGGAUAUGAAAGCAAACCCAUGAGUUGGUUAGGGGGAAUAAUUGAUGGUCAGGACACAACAUCAAUUAAUAUGGAGACUAAAAAAAUAAUCAUUCAUCCAAAAUAUAAUAGAGUUGGGCUUGAAAAACUACAAACAAACUAUGAUAAUGACAUUGCGUUGAUAAAAAUGUCUGCCAGGGUGCCUCUAGGUAAAAACAUCAGGCCGGUGUGUUUGCCAACCAAAACAGAUGAAGCUGUGACGGAGGGCACAGUCUCAGGUUUUGGUGGAGUAGAAAAAAAGAAAGCGAGUCGAUAUCUACUUUACGGAGCAGUCCAGAUAUAUCCACUUGUUGAAUGUAAAUCAGGAGGUUCAAAAGUCACCAAUAACAUGAUCUGUGCUGGAGGAGACGGAGUAGACAGUUGUAAAGGUGACAGUGGAGGUCCUCUGUUUUUCCCUCCUCUGGGCAAUGGGUCUCCAGACCAAACUUAUCGUCUUACAGGCAUUGUAUCCUGGGGUCCUCCUAAUUGUGGAGAUGAAAGCUAUAAGGGCUACUACACGAAAAUCCAAAACUACCUGGACUGGAUUAAACAAACCAUGGAAAAUAACUAACAUAAGCAUGCUAAACAAAUUUUUCACCUACAUAAAUGUUUAUUGCAUCACAAAAUAACGUUUCUCUCUGGUAUAUCAGAUUGUGUUAGAUGCAUCUGCAUCUUUCAUAAUUAAUUCAGCAUUUUGAAAUGUUAACGUUUCACUGUUUUAUACUCGUCAAUAAAGGCAUUUUUAAAUGUAGCAAAA